UAGUCACUUCAUCAUCAGAAUCACUAAAUUCGCUUUCACUGCCACUAGCUAAAUUAAACGAUACAGCCAAACAAAUUAAAUUGGAUUGGAUUGGAUUGCUGUAAUGUGUCUGGGGUUGAUACCAGCGUUGCCGUUUUAGCGCUAGAUUUGGAGGAUUAUAAAUUGUUAGCGACUAACAAAAUCAAUCUAGCGACAAAAAAUUAUAUUUAGCGACUUCUAGCGGAUUUUUUCAUAAUAUUAAUAAUUUUAGUUUGGUGGUAAUAUAAAGUAGAUAUCUGCCAACACUGUUGACAAAUUUAAAAUCACUGAUUCUGUCACCGAUUUUGUCAUUUUGUGUUAUUGGACCAAUUAUAAUUCUCUUUGUAUUGGACUUACUCAUCUUGAUAACGUCUGUGUAGCAUUAGUAAUUAAUACAAAUUUAAAAUAUCCUAAUUCAACUACACAAAUUAUGGGUGAUAUCAUUGAAUUCACCACAUCGCCGUCACUGGGCCUUAGAAGCUUUAAAGUAUCAUCUAGUGGAAUCAAUUUUGAUGUCAAAACGGCUGACUACGCAACAAUAAUUUUGUCCAGAACACCAUUGAAAAAAGAUAUUACUUUGGUCAGAAUAGAUAAUGACAGAAGCUGGAUUGGAAUAAAUCCUAGGGAUAGAGUGACCGCCAAGACACCAGAUAUUAUUGCUGGGAAUUUUUAUAGUAGAUUAUGGCUGUCAUGGGCUGGAGAUAAUAUUAGUCUAGGAAAGGACGGAUUUCUUGAACCAGUCCUCAAAUAUUCCAGUAAAACACCUAAAUACAUGUAUGUUACGUUUCUGACAGAGAAAGGGUACCACCAUACUGUACAUUGGAAAGUUGAAUUGCCGCCGUUGCUCAAGGAACCUCCAAUGAACAAUAUAUCUAAAGGUGAUGUUCAUUGGGUGCCAACUAAUACACAACUGCCUGAUGAUGUGUUGAUUGGAGGAUUCGAAAAAGAAAAUUUAUACAUCAUUAGAGCUAAUCACAGAGGAUCGUUCACGCCAGGCAAGUUUGUACCAUCGGAAGGAUGUGGCUAUCUCGCCUGGGGCGGUGAAGCACAUGAGAAGACAGAAUUUGAGGUGUUAUGCGGAUACAAUUGCGAAUGGGUUGCUACUGGAGAUGACAGAAUACCAGUAGGAGCUGUGGAAGGAGGUUACUCAGAAGUUCGAAGGGAAGUGUUAUAUGUAGGCAGGGCUUUAUAUUACGGACAUAUAAUUCCUGGAAAAGUGCAACCAUCACAUCGCGUGUGCUACAUACCAUUUAACGGCAAAGAAAUCGCUGUGAAGAACUUUGAAGUAUUAACAGUGCCAAGCAAAAACCGAUACGCUAAUAAGUAUAUACUGCCAAAUCAUUCCAACCAUAUGGUGGACAUGGACGAUGAAGAAUUUGAUGUGUCUGAAGAAGAAGAAGAAGAUGGUAUUAUGUGGCAAUGAAUAUAUAAGUAAUUGUUAAUGGCUGUAAUAAUUUAUUGUGAUUACAAAACUUAUAUUUUUUAUCGUCGUAAUUCGUAGUUUACUAACAUGCGAUAUCUACACAUCUAUACUAGUAUGAAAUAAAAAAGUUUGUUUGGAUGUAGUGGAUAAUCUUUGAAACUAUUCAUAUGAAUUAAAUAAAUCUUCCAUUUGUAAUUAUUCUGUAUGUUCGAAGUAAUAUAAUAAUUAAUAUAUUAUACUACAAAAGAAGCAUAAAUAAUUUGAUCAUUAUUUGAAUGCUGCGCUGGACGCAUCCGAAACGUUGUCCCAUGACCGGAGUUUAAAGCGAGCGGAAACGCAGGCAAAUAAUUGUAUUAUAUUUUAAUUUGUAUACCUAGGUAAUUAAAUUGUACAAUUAACGUAAAUAUGUAACAUUAUGAAAUUAAUAUUCAAAAUAAAAAAUGUGUAAUUUUGUAUAAAUCAUUAAUUCAUUGCCUAGAUACGCUAAUAUUCAUUAAAUAAGAAGAACAAAUAGAAGUCCAUGGUAGCGUCGGUCGUCCUUCAAAGCUAUGUAUUCCAUAGGACCCACAUGUUGAGUGCCUCACAGAAGAUAUUUAUUAUUGACUCACUCUUUAAAAACAAAAAUUCUCUUGUAAAUUCAAUGGAAGCAAUCGUAUUUAGAAAAUCUAUCGUCUUACUAAACGUUAUUUGGUGGGCUCAAGCGGAGUCGUAUCGUAUAGGUCGUAUUCUCCUGCUAAAUUUACAUUUACGAUCAAUCUGUGCCAAUCGGAAAUGUACAAAAUAAAUGGGA